GCUCGAUUCAAUUAAUUUUGACAGAUUAAUUGUGAGUCGUUAUUACACAGUAGAAAACCUUCAAAGUAUUUCUGAACAUUUUCUAAUCGUCUUGAUAUCAGCAACUCUCGAACGAAAUUGAAACGUUAUCUAUCUCGAUCUCCCUCAAUUGGUUAGAUCCAAUUAAGUUUAUUUCGCAGUAUCAUUUCGCAUUUCAAAAAUUAUCUCGUCGAGUUAAAAGAUCGAAAUCUAUGUUGAAUUACGUGUAUAAAGUAUCACCGGGUAUAAAAAACCACAUACCAUGCAAUUCAAGCGAAACGCUGCAUUAACAUUUUGCAAACGAGGCAAAUUGAUUAAAUACAAAACGAAAGUAAAAAAUCAAGGAUCGAACAAUCGAAUCGAUGAAGAAUUUUUAUAAUCGAUUCAAUGUCAUUUAAGAUAGCGAUAAUAUGGAAAUAAAAAAAAGUCGAUUGGAAAAUUCAUAUCGAAUAAUUCAAUAUCGAAUUUGACUAACCUAGUAUGUAAGAAGAAGUUGAAGAGACGAGGGCGGUAGUCUCGAGAGUUUCGCGCCAAAAGUUAUUUCGUUAGACGCGUCGUAAUGGUCACGCGUAAAAUUUGAUCCGCGAUCAAACUCGUUGAGGUGAAGUAUGUACGCGUAUAAAAAAUGUUUUCGCUCGAGAAAAAGAUUAGCCGAGAAGAAAAUUAAACGAAGAAAGAAAGAAAUGUGAUUGGAAAAUGUUGGCAAAGGAUUUUUCGGCGUCGAUCGAAUCCGAUCUUUGUGAAAAUGAAAAACGAGUGAAUAAGUGUGUGUGUGCGUGAGUGCGAAAGAGAGAAAGAUAGAGAAAAAAAGAGAGAAAGAAAGACAGAGAGAGAAGGAAGAAGAGAUACGUACGGAAAAUAUGUGUACAUAUGUACGAUAAUUGGUGUUUGUUUGCUGUGACGACGAACAACGACAACUGUGGUGUCGGAAACGGUCGAGAAAUGCAAGGACGUUAUUGAAAAGAGAAGGUUAGUUAGAGAUAGAGAUAGAGAGAGAUAGACAAAGAGAGAGAGAGAGAAAGAGACAGAACUCAUGUUACUUCGUAAUACGGCAUUGACGACGGAUUACGAAGGGAAUUCGUUGUUUCUCGAUAGGCCGGGCACACGUGACCAUUUACUCUCGGUUUCAUUGGUGAAUCUGUUCGAUCGUGUAUGUUUAGAGAGAGAGAGAGAGAGAGAGAAGAAUAGUGUAUAAGAAGAAGAAGAAGGGACAUGUGUAAUAUAUUUUCAACGGUCGAUAGAAAGAGAGAGGGAGAGAGAGAGAGAAAGAGAGAGAGAGAAAGAAAGGCAUCCUCAGAAAUUUCUACCUGUGUGUUUAGUCGGCUGGCGGGUCGUAAGCCGAUCUCUCUCAUAUAUCGUCAUUCCAUUUUACUUUCUUUCAGUGAAACACAUAUCCACGUUUAGUAUCAUUCAUACGAAUAAUAAUAAUAAUAAUAAUAAUAAUAACAACAAAGGAAGAGAGAAAAACGAUGGCAUUGGCAGAGGGUGAAACCAAUGGUGAGAUCAACAAUACUAAUGGUGGUAGCAAUCUUCGACGUGGUAGCAGUUUACGAUUACCUCCUGCAACAUCUGUCGGUAGUGCAGAGAACGAGUUGGGCACGCAGUUACGUCGAGGGGGUUCCCUGAGGAUCCCACGAACAAGAACGGAGGAUAGAAGGACGUUGGUAGUUGAUAGUGCGAGUUCGUUGCGAGUACCGCGCGACAAAAGAUUGUCAUCCUCCUCACCUUUAACUAAUUCAUCAUCGUCAUCCUCGGAAGUUAACGGAAGAAACGGAGGAUGCGAGAGACCGGUACGACCCGCCAGGCGUUCAGCUUCAACAUUGGAUCAACCAGCACCCGAAUAUCUUGCCCGAAAUCUUCUUCAAUUAGGAUGUCCUGUUAUUUCUAUGCCUACACCUCGCGGCGGCGUUGGAUCGGAGCAUCCGCAGAGUAGCGACAGCGAUGAUUCCACCGCGACGCACAGCCAAAAUCAGGGUCAAGGUUACGGGCAUGGACAUUCUCAUGGACAGUUCGACUCUUAUACCGUGCCCAAAGUCCAAGUGUCGGGACCACCGAACCCUUCUGAAUCCUCCUCCGUCAUCAAUGGGUCUGCGGGGUCCAUAGGAGCACGUUCGGCGCCAAGUACACCGCUUCAAUCUACUACGCCUGGGGUACCGCAAACGGGCCAACAAUCGAUCAAUCCUUCUCAGCUUACUGUUGUUGCCAAUAUCCAAGUUCCCCAACCACCAAGAAGUCCGAGUCAUGCAGCACUGAGAUGUAACGACAGUCAGCUAUCAAAGCCAUUGAGCAGGAGUACUCCAUCGAUGGCAGCCGGUGGUAUUGUUCAGACACCGGCGAAGAUCAGUAGAUCUUCAUCUAGAUCCUCACCAUCGUCUACCAGUAGUGCAAGACAAAAGAAAUUUCAUCGGCAUUUUACUCAGUCCUCAAAAUUUCGACAUCAGGUAGCCGCGGAUGAACGUGUAUUAAACUACUACAGUUGUGCACUGGUGGGCGAUAUCCUACUUCAAGGUCACCUUUACAUAACACCGAAUUACUUCGCCUUCUAUAGCAACGUUUUCGGUUACGUUACAAAGCUGUUAAUACCAACGGCCUCGGUGUUGAAAAUCAGUAAAGAGAAGACGGCUAAGAUCAUUCCAAAUGCUGUUGCGGUAGCGACCGAGGAUGAGAGACACGUGUUCUGUUCUUUACUAUCGAGAGAUUCGACCUUCAAACUGAUGAAACAGGUUUGGGACGAGGCAAUAAUACCAAGAGCUUCACCGGACGUAUUACCUCUUCCCGAUGAGGCGAAAUUAUUACCACCGGAUACGUUGCUGGUCGACGAUUCGGAAGUUAAUCCUGAGGAAGAUGAUUCGAGUAUGUCAGAAAGUGGCACCGAUCAAACCGCUUCAAGACCACCGACUGUUUGUACCGAUACCGAUGGUUUAUCACCUACUAUUUCUAGACCAAGUCAUACUCCUGUUCCUAGUACCAGAGUGGAUUCAGUGACACCAUCGAUACCGAUCUCACCUAACAAAUCUCUUGGUACAUUUUUUGUUGGUGGAUUGAAGCCCGGCACAGUAAUCGCUAUAUUGGUUGUGGUCCUGGCAGCUUUGUAUGUUUCGGCUGCGAUGAUGAUGUUCCGCAUCGAUAGAUUGCAUACGGCAUAUCUAAAUCAUCCUCUUGUCUCACCGGAACAUUUUACGCAUGAUCGACUCUUGCAUUAUCUCAAUUCGAAUCUCGAUCAGAUAGCUAAGGUCCGGCAAAGUCUGCAAACAUUGUCGCAACAAUUUGUAGCAAUGAGUCAAGCCGGUGAAAGAGGAUCGGCAGCUGUAUCCGGAGGACCGAUAGAACCAGAAGAUGCGCCAAGUUAGCCCCCGGGGUGGAUAAAUAAUACUAAUAAUAUCAUUAAACCAAAUAAUUAUACAAAUACCCAUCGCCUUGUUAGCGUAUGAAACGUGUCUCGUUGUUUUCUUCAUACGAGAUGAUUAUGGCGAUCACUGAAUGAUCAUUGAUGAUAAAAUAUUAUCGUUUAGCACCAUUACGAUUAGAACUUCCAACUAUAAAAAACAACAACAACAAAACAAGAAAAAAGAAGAAUGGGAGCGUGGGCGGGGGAUGGGUGUUGACAUUCGUAGGCAGUUUAGCCAUAAAAAAGAAGAAGAGUGAAUUUUUCGAUUUUAUGAUGAUUAUAUUCUCUCCUUAUAUAUAUAUGUAUAUGUAUGUAUAUAUAUAUAUGUAUGUAUGUAUAUGCUCUCCCCCAUAACCCCCACACCACACCCAUCACCGUCACCACGACAGUCCACUUCGCCUUUUAUUUUUUCUUUACAUUCUGGCGUUUUUUAUCGUUCGUCGUUACUCGUAAAUGGUUUUAUUAAAUAACUUAGAAAAAUUGUUAUGUAUAGAGAGAGAGAGAGAGAGAGAGAGAGAGAGAGAGAGAGAGAGAGAGAGAGAGAGAGAGAGAGAGAGAGAGAGAGAGAGAGAGAGAA